AGACUCUUUUGCCGUUGUAAGGUAAAGUAAAAACGCCCUUAUAGCAUCGGUGUCCUUUUGUUAUGUAAUGCUUAGGGCACGUGGGGCAUGGACUGGGGUUUGGCGGGCGAUUGCGACACAUUUUGCCAAAGGUGCAAAAUGUGUCGCAUUUAAAAUAAAAAAAAUGUCGCAUUUAAAAUAGAAUACCUCUUUUCUGUUUUUGCAUGUGUGCAGUGUGCUGCCAAAUAGCUGCAUAGUUUGGGAAUGCUCUAGGACUCACCAUGCGAGCAGAGGUGACGUCACGCAGUGGACAGCCGCGGAGAUCGGUCCGUAAUGCGGCUCCGUCCCCAGGGCCUCCCGGCGCGCCGUCGGCGGUCAUGGCCGACCCGUCGCUAAGUCCGGCCAAGAAACUGGCCAAGAUGCUGAGAGAAGGUCGCUCAGGAGCACUGAAGGAUUCAGAGUCAGCUAGCCAGAGCCCAGCUCAGGGAAAGCGCAAAGGAGGCUCUGUGGGCAGGAAGGAUGGUAAACCUACUCACCAGCUAGAAGGGAAGAGCAAAUUGGCAAAGUCACGCGACCCAACGAGCACGGAGAAGUCAGAUCAGUUCACCAAAAUAAAACAAGGUAAAAACCCGAUCAGGGAUAAAGCAAAGAAUGUCUCUACCAAAGGUACCUCUAAUAAUGGUACUGCUAGCAACAAAAAGUUACCAACGAAGGAAAAUGACGCAAAAACAAAGUCCAGAAAUCAUUCUCAGUCGGUUAACGGUUCCGCUGAGAAGCGAUCCAAGCACGAGGGAAGCGGCGUUGAAGGAAAGCGUCCGAAAAAGGACAAGCCGACACACAAGAACCGUCUUGCUGACAAGGAGUCUCAUCAGAACGCGCACGAGGCUUCCACGUCGAGUCCGACCAAGAAACACCACGCGAAGAAGCAGCGGCCGAAGGCGGAGCGGCCGACCGCGGAGCACGCGGCGGCGGCGGGCGACAUCGCGGCCCUGCUGCGGCUCGGCGAGGGCGCCGACGGCGACGCGCCCAUGUCGGACGACUCCGACUGGGAGGCGGUCGACACGCGCGCCUCCGACCUCGUCACCAAGGGAUUCGUCGAGGUCACACUGCCCUCGGAUGUGGCCGUGCAGAAGCGCAAGAAGAAGGGGUUCGACGUGGAGGCCUACAUGAAGCGCCAGCUGAGUCGCGCUCGUCGUGAGCUGCAGCAGCUCGUGCACAGGGCACACCUGCUCUGCCUGCUGUCGCGCGCGCUGCAGGUGAACGCGCUGCUCAACUCGGAGACGCAGCUCGCCUGCGCCAUGUCCAUGCUGCCCUCCAAGUACGCGUACCCGCCUAAACGGGUGUCCAUCUCGUAUGUGGAGAAGUUUCUCAAGUGGUUCCGUGAGAAGGUGCCGCUGGAGGCGCCGGCCGAGGGCGGCAGGUGCAGUGAGGACGUGUUCGCCACGCUGGAGGUCCGGCUGCGCACCAAGAAGGCGCACACGCCGCUCGAGCUGGUCUGCCUGUUCGUGCUGAUCCUGCGCGCCAUCGGCGUCGACUGCCGUCUGGUGAUGUCGCUGCAGCCGGUCCCGCUGAAACCGAGUCCGCCGACCAGCGCUGCCGCGGGAAAAACGGCCGCCGCGAAAUCCGACAAAUCUGCCGCAAAGGCCAAACAGCAGUCUAAGAAGAAGGAGACUAGCUCGUCUAACUCUGCCCGUAAGACCUCUGAGACGCCGAAGGGGAAGGCGCGCUCCGCCCCCACCCCUCCAGCCAGGACGGGCUCCAACAGGAAGGCCAAGCAGCGUCCCGGGCCGUCGGCGGCCGAGGCGGGCUCGUCGGACGACUCCUCCGGGGACGAGUUUGAGCCGCGCCGGCCGGACCGGCGCGUGCUGAGUAGCUCGAGCGGCGGCUCGGAGGGGCCGCCGGGCCGGCCGGCGCGCGGCGCGGUCGACUGCUGGGCCGAGGUGUAUGUGGAGGAGGAGCUGCGCUGGAUCAGUGUGGACGUGGUCGGCGGCGGCGUCCACUGCGUCACACAGAUCAGGAAGCGCGCCACCGCUCCUCUGGUGUACGUCGUCGGCUGUGACAACGCCGGCCACAUCAAGGAUCUGACGGCGCGCUACGACCCCAAGUGGCACUCGAGCACGCGCAAACUGCGCGUGGAGCCGGACUGGUGGUCGGAGGCGACCGACGCGUGGCGGGCGGCGCCCACCCGGCGGGAUAAGGAGGAGGACGAGGAGAUGAUGCGAGAUCUGCAGGAGCGGCCCAUGCCCCAGUCCAUCGCAGAGUUCAAGGACCACCCGCUGUACGCGCUGGAGCGGCACCUGCUCAAGUUUGAGGCCAUCUACCCACCGACAGCCGUGCCCCUUGGCUACAUCGGCAAGGGCGAGCGGCGCACGCCCGUCUACGCCCGCGAGUGUGUGCGAACGCUGCACUCGCGCGAGACCUGGAUCAAACAGGCGCGCGUCGUCAAAGAGGGCGAGAAACCUUACAAGAUCGUCAAGGCCAGACCCAAGUGGGACAGGGUGCUGCAGAAGGCCAUCACCGACAAGCCGCUGGAGGUGUUCGGCCGCUGGCAGACGGCCGAGUACGUGCCGCCGCGCGCCGAGGGCGGCAAGGUGCCGCGCAACGACUACGGAAACGUGGAGCUCUUCAAGCCGAGCAUGCUGCCCGGCGGAACGGUGCACCUCAAUGUGGAGGGCCUGAGUCGGGUGGCCAAGCGGCUGGGCAUUGACUGCGCGCCGGCCAUGGUCGGAUGGGACUACCACUGCGGCGGCUCGCACCCCGUCUUCGAGGGAUACGUCGUCUGCGAGGAGUUCGAGGAUACGCUCAUGGACGCCUGGGAGGCGGACCAGCGGGAGGCCCGGCGCCGACAGCGCGAGAAGCGGGAGAAGCGCAUUCUGGACAACUGGCGCCGCCUGGUGCGGGGCCUGCUCAUCCGGCAGCGGCUCGCCAGGAAGUACGACUUCCAGGACGAGCAGCCGGGCGCCAAACGGCCGGCCGGAGCUCACCGCCCCGACGGCAGCAAAAAGGCCCGCGCUCACACCGCCGACAAGCCCGGUCCGGGCCCCAAGACGGAGCCGGGGCCGCUGCUGCCGAACUUUGAGCCCAAGGUGGAGCCGGCACAGUCGGGAGCGAAAACGGCGGUGAAGUCUGAGCCGACUCUAGCAGGGAAGGUGAGCGCUAUGAUGCGGGCGACGCAGGGGGCCAAACAGCCGCCGAAACGGGAGUCGAAGCGGAAGCCCAAGGAGGAGCCGAAGGUGGAGCCCAAGGAGGAGCCGAAGGGGGCCGGGUCGGAGGACGAGGAGGUGCCCGAGACCCAGGAGGAGGUGGCGCGCCGCGUGGAGGCCUCCAUGGCCAGUAUGGGGCUGCGCCGGGUGGCGCUCAGCUCGGACAGUGAGGCCGGCUCGGACGCAGAGGACGCCAAACCCGCCAGAACCGGGGCCCGGUUCGGCGCGGCGGUGAUGGCCAAACUCAGUCCGGCCGUGACGAACGGAGCCGCCCGCAGUCCGGCGCCGGCCGGGCGCAAACGCCGCUCGGCGCCGGCGGCCCGACGGCGCGCGCGGCGGGCCUCCCCUGCCAGCCGCUCGCCGUCCCCCGACCCGGCUGUCCCGGCGGCCGUUCGGGCCGCGCGGCGCCGCUCCGCGCGCACCGCGGCCGUCAACUACCGCGAGACGGCCGGCUCCGGGUCCGACGAGGACGGCGAGGCGCCCAUACGAGAGGAUGACCUCACCUCUGACGAGGAGCAGCCGUUCGCCAAGGCCGCCGACGCCGCCGCCAGCUCCGGGGAGGACAGCGACUUCAUGGGCUUCUGAUUGGGACGGGGAACCAGUGGAGCCGGUCUGGAGUCGAAUCUCGAGCCUGGUAAACCGUGAUGCGGCCUUGAGUCUGUUGGAGCUGAACUACUGCCGUUAUUCUCUGGACAACUGCCAUACUCUUGAGUUGGGUGUACCUGAUUGGUAUUUGUUUUAUACAUUCCGCCUUAGCUUGGGUCGGAAGAUCCUCAGAACACGAUCGCUUCAUCGCAGUGUUUUAGACUGCGAGUGAAAUAGUCUUCAUCGCCUUUUCUAUGCCUUUUUUAGUCAGUCAUGCUGAGAUUUAGUCAAAGUAGAACUGUGAUGUGAUGUGAACCGCCCGCUCCCCUAGUAGUCGUCGGGCGCCCUUCCGAAGAAACGGUGUGAGGUCUCGCGGCUAGCUCCAGUAGGAUGUCUCCGGCGACAGAUCGUACCUGAGUCCAUGAUCAUUGAUCAUCCGUAGUCAGAUUUGAUAUUGUUGUUAGAUGGCGCCAGGCGUGCCCAGCUGUUACGUAGUCUUUAUGCAGGAAAUACACACCUUUUUACAAACCGG